UUUUUCUCGGGAAAAGAAAGAAGGACGCUUUCCUUUGGAGUGAGGGAGACGCUUCAAACCCCGCUGUCGCUAGCUCAGGUUGUUGCUCCCUUUUGUUUCAGUCGGUCUCUGACACUCCCUGUGAAAACACGCUCAUUCAAGCCUCUUCAACUCAAGUUUUGUGUCUGGUCAUGUCUGACUCGAAAUCCGCGUCUCAAGCUGACUUGAACGAGUCCAAUAUGCCUCUCCUGGAUGAUGAUGCCCAACAAAAAGGUCUGGAAGACAAGGAACACAUUGAGAUGAAGGAGGAGAAGGACGACAGCCAAGAAACCGAGAAGCAGGCCGAGGAUUCCUCCUCCUCUUCCACGACCAACAAGAAGGGUAACAAGAAAAACAAGGCCGAGAAAAAGAUCAAGGAGAAGAAGGAGAAGGGCCCCGGAUGCGUGCAGAAAAUGUCCGCCGGGCUCAACUUGGAAGACCGGGACCGACACGCUAUCAACACCGAAAUUGACUUGGGCUUUGACGAUGUGUUGGCCGAGCCGAUGAAUGCCCAUGGCUUUGAGGGCGUGUGGAAGCUUUCAUUUGUGGUGUUCAGCCAAACCAAGAUGUGGUUCUACCGCCUGUUCGCCGCUCUCUUGGCCAUUCCCGCAGCUUUGAUUUGGGGCUUCAUUUUCUCAUUGGUGUCCGUGUUCUACAUCUGGGUCGGGGCGCCCAUUCUGAAGCUCUUUGACUUCUUCGUGUUCGUUGUGCGCAGGGUCUGGGUUGGGUGCAUUCGAUGCACGUUGGAGCCCGUUUGCGAGGCAUUGGGCACGGUCUUUUGAACCAUAUGGCUGACCAGCUACUGUUCCUGAAGUACAAUCUAUAUCGAAA